AGCGGCGGGGCGCGCGGGCGCGAUGCGGCCGGCGGGAGCAUGGCAGGUGGCGCGAGGCGGCGGCCGCGCGCGCCGGCCCCGGCCGGGGAGCAGUGUGAAAAAAAUGGAGGUACCAAGAAGAGAAGGUCAGAUCAGGCAGGUAUCCCUGAUAAUCUUCGUCGAGAAGCAGAAACGUGCUAUCGGCUUAGACUGCCUGAAGACUUCUAUCAAUUUUGGAAGUUUUGUGAGGAACUAGAUCCUGAGAAACCAAGUGAUGCACUUGUGUCAAGUGUUGGACUGAAGCUGGUUGGACCAUACGACAUCCUUGAUGGAAAACACAAAAAAGCAAAAUCAACAGAACUGAACUUCAAUCUUCAUUGGAGAUUCUUCUAUGAUCCCCCAGAAUUCCAGACUAUACUUGUUGGGGAUAGCAAAACACAGUAUCACAUGGGCUAUUUCAGGGAUGUGCCAGAUGAGCUUCCAGUGUGGGUUGGUGCAAAUGAAGCUAAGAAGGGCUGUGUGAUUUCACAAGUUGGUGAUAAUGUCUUUGCUGCAGUCAAAUUAUUUUUGUCAAAAAAACUUAAGGAAGUGACCGAUAAAAAGAAAAUGGCUAUUUUGAAAGACGUAGAUGAAAAACUAACAAGAAAAGCAAAAGAACUGGGUUAUUCUUUGGACCAAAAAACUGCAAAGAUGAAACAAAGAGAUAAGAAAGUGGUGACCAAAGCAUUUCAUGGAGCAGGCCUAGUUGUUCCUGUAGACAAAAAUGAUGUUGGAUACAGAGAACUUCCUGAAACAAAUGCUAAUCUUAAAAAAAUUUGCAAGGCCAUUGUUGAUGCUCCUACUGAUGAUGAGAGACUGAAGGCCUUUGCACCCAUUCAAGAAAUGCUCACCUUUGUGCAGUUUGCUAAUGAUGAAUGUGACUAUGGAAUGGGAUAUGAACUGGGUAUAGACCUGUUUUGCUAUGGAUCACAUUACUUCCACAAGACGGUGGGCCAGCUCCUGCCCCUGGCGUACAGCCUGCUGCAGAGGAACCUCUUCGCGGAGAUCAUCGAGGCCCACCUGGCCAACCGCCGGCAGGACGGGCUGGACCAGCUGCCCGCCUGAGCGGGACCGCGGCCCUCCCCGCUCCUCCCCGCGUCCUCCUGCGGGGGCGCCCCCGCGCUCAGUAAAGCUUUUCUAAGGAC